UCUUGUCUUGCUUCUUCUUACCUCUGACGCUCAUUUCUGACCUGCCUUACCCUACCUACCAUGGCUCUUCCACCGCCCACCCGCCUCGGACGCUACCGCGUUCUCUCGCCUGCCUGCGGUCUCCGCGUGUCCCCCCUGCAGCUGGGAUGCAUGUCGCUUGGCAACAAGACCAAGCCCCUUGGGGCCAUUUCUAAGGAACAGGCCUUCCAAAUCCUAGACACGUACUAUGACGCGGGCGGCAACUUCCUUGACACCGCCAAUGCGUAUCACGGAGGACAGAGCGAGGAGUGGAUCGGCGAGUGGCUGGAGGGGCGCGGGUGCCGCGAAGACAUAAUCAUCGCGACGAAGUAUACCGCAAACACGGAGCACGGCAUGAUCGAACAACACCCGAUCCAGGUGAACCGCGCCGGCAAUUCAGCCAAGUCGAUGAAGCUGGGCAUUGACAACUCGCUCCGCCGCCUCCGCACAGACUACGUCGAUGUCUUCUACGUCCACUGGUGGGACUGGACGACGCCGGUUCCGGAGGUAAUGCACGCGCUGAACCGGCUCGUGGAGAGCGGCAAGGUCCUUUACCUCGGGAUCUCGGACACGCCGGCCUGGAUCGUCUCCAAGGCAAACGAGUAUGCGCGCGCGCACGGCCUCGCCCAGUUCGUCAUCUACCAGGGCAGAUGGAGCCCGGCUGCGCGGGACAUCGAGCGCGACCUGGUCCCCAUGGCGCGCUCCGAGGGUCUGGCGAUCGCCGCGUGGGGCGCCUUGGGCCAGGGACGGUUCCAGCGGCGUGCUGACCGCGGGACGCGGGCUGACGGGCGCGGUGUCGCGGCGCUCGACGAGCGCGAAGCCGCUGUCUCGGACGCCCUUGAGAAAGUUGCCGACGACCUCGGCGUUGAGAACCUCACCUCUGUCGCGCUCGCGUACGUUAUGGCAAAGUAUCCGUGGGUAUAUCCCAUUGUCGGGGGACGCAAGGUCGAACACCUCAUUGCGAAUAUCGGCGCACUCGAGAUCCACUUGACCGAGGAGCAGAUCCAGCAGCUCGACGCCGCCCUGCCGUUCGAGUAUGGCGAGCCUGGGGCAUUCUUCUUCGGACUCGACCCCCGCGUAUGGGGAUACCAGCAGAACUUCCACAUCGAGUCUGCUGGCCUGGUCGACUUUGUCCCCCACGCCGCGCCUGUGGACAUGACGAGCGUGCGCGAGUCGGACGCCGAGGCUAAAGCGAAGAACCCUGUCAAGCUGGGAAUUUAGUAUGGGCAAAGAGCCAAGUCAGAAGUUAAGUAAGCGACAACUCGAACCAAGUACGAAGAAGUUCGGAAUGUAUUGCGUAAAGUCGUCUUGACCAGUUCCCACAUUUGAUAGUCUAUGCAUGAUGCUGGUCCACA